AUAGGAAGGAAUGUCCCAAGUUGUUGGAACUCAGGAGGAGCCAGUGCUGGGAAGAGGAAGUUCUCCUAGAAGGAGGUGUGACUCUCUCACUGAGCGAUGGGCUCAGGGACAGCUCCCUUGCAUCCGGACUACUCCAAAGACCCGAGGACCCUCAAUACAUGGAAGAGGCCUUGCUGACCACACACAUCAAGCAGACUCAAGGAUCUGAUUUGGGAUCAAAUGUCAUGUGGACCGACUGCUGAGUAAGAGCAGAUUAAUCUGUGACACCUGAUUGAAGUGGAGGCUGCUGAUUGGACGGGGCUGUUGGCGCCAGGAUGAGCGGCGCUGGGGAGGUUGUUUGUGCAGGAUGGCUCAGGAAAUCUCCACCUGAGAAAAAGCUACGCCGUUAUGCGUGGAAGAGGCGUUGGUUCGUGCUGCGUAGUGGCCGGCUGAGUGGCGAGCCCGACGUUUUGCAGUACUACAAGAACCCGCAUUCCCACCGGCCCAUCAGAACUAUCAACCUGAACCUGUGUGAGCAGGUGGACGCAGGCUUGUCGUUCACAAAGAAAGAACUGGAGAAGAGCUUUGUUUUUGAUGUGAAGACGGAGGAGAGGACAUGGUACCUGGUGGCCGAGUCUGAGGAGGACAUGAACCGCUGGGUGGCGUCCAUCUGUCUGCUGUGUGGCUUCAACCCAACAGACGAAGGACAUUUUGCACUUCCAGUGCCUGACAGCCCUCCCGUCUCCAGCACAUCCCCAAGUGGUACCGUUGCCACGGUAACAGUCUCGGAUGCCCCCUAUGAGCCUGUGAGACUACGUCCUGUGGAAGCCGAUGGUGGCAGCAUGGAGGAGGACUACCUGUGGCUAGUGCAGUGUCAGACUCACUUCAGGCUUCCGGAAGGUUCCUCCACCUCGCUUGAAAGCGACAGUGGUGACCAGCUCUUCCCUCCUCCCUCUGCCACCUCUUCGUCUUCGUCGCCCUCGCCUUCCCGACUUCCCACCAGCCUUCCUUCUUUUUCCUCCAGCUCUCAGACGGCGCCAUGGACAGUUGCCGCCGUGACGAACACCCUGAGCCAGUCUCUGGACUCCAGCGUGUCUCAGUACCUCCAGAGAAGAGGCGGGAAACCUCGAUGUCACCCCUCCCCACAUCCAAGAAAGCAUUCAAUGGAUAUCCACCUGCGCCCCGUCGCCAUUCCCCACUGUAGUGGCUACCAGAUCCCUCGCCCGGCAUCCGCACCUCAGCCAGCGCCCCCUCUGCGCCCCUCUUCCACCCCGAGUGUGGACGCCCUCACUCAGGCAGAGAUUCACACCUCCACUCCGACUCCACCACCACGCCCACCCAAGCCCAUUGCCAUGGCAGCGCAAGGUGAGAGUCCGACAAAUGGGCCGGCCUCUGAGUCAGGACCGAGGUCUGGAAGCAUGGACGUAGGCGGGGGCAUGGCGAGGAAUAACUCUGCCAACACACCUGGAAGCUGCAUGUCUCUGUCGCUGGCUCGUUCUCUCUCGGAGAGAGCAAACAUGUUUGAAUUCAGCGACCGCUUCAACAGCUACUUUUUGAAUAAAGGCAUGAUGCCGCUGGGCAGCGUUUGUUCUGAAGAUGACGCGGAUGAAAACUAUGUUCCCAUGAGCGCCGCUACUACCGAGCCGCCUCAUUCAGCGAGGUCCUCUGAGGUGUCCAAUCAUCACCAGGAAGCCAACUACGUCCCCAUGACCCCCCUCACUCCUCGCCCCCCUGCCGCGGCUGCUGACCUGGCAUCCUUGGGGAGGCAGGUGCCCCCGCCUGCUCACACGGGCUUCCGUAACUCCCCGCAGACACCCCUCACUCAACCCGCCCCUCCCCUCCGCAGGAACACAGCCGGGGAGGGGGAUCUCGAGGCUGUGCCGCCGCCCGUUCACCGGGACCUGAAGCCACAGCGCAGGGUCAGACCAGCGCCCCUCAACAUUCCUCCAGUGCAGCAGGAAUGGCAGGAAGUCGCGCCCCCUGUGCGGUCACCUGUCACUCGGACCUUCACAAGGCAACCGUCUACUUGUCGUUCAGUCAGGACCACCCCCUCCCACAGUUCGUCCCCCUCAUCCGAGUCUGAUGACCCUGACGACAGCUACGUUGCCAUGACGACCAGCAGUCUCAGCUUCAGCGCAGAAGAGCCUUCUCUGAGGCUCAUGCUGCAUCGUGCUUCAGAGCCCGGAGUCAGCAGCCCAAUCGUUGGGCGAGCCAGAGGCACCAAACAGGUGGAGUACCUGGACCUGGACCUCCAUGUGGGACAAGUGACACCAACAAGACAGAAACGCUUCACGGACGAAGGUGGUGACAAGCUGACUGGACGAGGUGAAGAGCGUGCACGUGGUGAGCGCACACGUGUGGACUACGUAGUUGUGGACCCCAAGAGAACCAAGGCGCUGAGGAAUACUCGGGAGGCGUGGCAUGACGGGAGAAUGUCCACGGAGAAGUUCAAAGAACACAGCUGAAAAGCCAGAUAUGGUUGUUCCUGUUUCAGUUUACACACGAGUUGUUCAAAUCAUCUUUUGGAAAAGGAGCCCAAAUCUGAACACGUCCAAAAUCAUCCCUAAAGAUCAUUUUAGUACAUCGAUUGAGUGUCCACAUCGUACUUUUCUUUCUGUGAAUAAACAACACUGAAGACUAAACUUAACGCUGUUCCACUGUGAAAUUG